GGGUUGAGGUCAGACGCCGGUGGGCGGGGCGCUGGAGAAAGAUGGCGCCGUCUCACGCCCUGAGGUGUUGUCAACGGCUCCUCGCCUGGAUCCCCGUCGUUUUCAUCGCGCUGGUCAUCUGCUGGUCCUACUACGCCUACGUGGUGGAGCUGUGCGUCUUUACUAUCCAGAGUAUUGGAGAGAAAGUUGUCUACCUUGUGAUAUUCCAUCUGUCUUUUGUCAUGUUUGUCUGGGCCUAUUGGAAGACUAUUUUUACACCCCCAGCCAACCCAUCAAAAGAGUUCAGUUUGAUGAAGACAGAUAAAGAACAGUACGAUCGAGAAGAAAGGCCUGAAGCACAACAAGCAAUUCUCAGAAAAGCUGCGAAAGAUGUACCUCUAUCCACCAGGACUGCAAGUGGAGCCAUCAGAUACUGUGACAGAUGUCAAGCAAUGAAACCUGACCGAUGCCAUCACUGUUCGGCCUGUGACAUGUGUAUAUUAAAAAUGGAUCAUCAUUGCCCUUGGGUGAAUAACUGUGUGGGAUUUUCAAACUACAAAUUUUUUCUACUGUUUUUGGCAUAUUCUUUAUUGUACUGUCUAUUCAUUGCUGCAACUGUGCUACAAUAUUUCAUCAAGUUUUGGACACUUUGUCGCAGGAAAUCAUCAGUGAAUUGCCCUAAGGGGAAACUGCAAGACACACAUGCAAAAUUCCACGUCUUAUUUCUUUUCUUUGUGGCGGCCAUGUUCUUCAUCAGUUUACUGUCGCUUUUCAGUUACCACAUCUGGCUGGUCAGCAAAAACAGAUCGACAAUAGAGGCAUUCCGUGCAGCAGUGUUUCGAAAUGGUCCUGAUAAAAAUGGAUUUAGUCUUGGAUUUACCAAAAAUUUAAAACAGGUGUUUGGGGAUCAAGGCAAGUACUGGCUCCUGCCUAUUUUUACAAGCCUAGGGGAUGGGUGUACAUUUCCAACUCGUCUGGUCAAUCCAGAUCCAGAGCAGCCCAACACGGUCAACCACAGUGACUCUUCCAAAAAUACUGUAGAUGGACAGUCACUUCCUACACGACCAUUGAGUGAGUCUCAAAACCGACUGUUGGAAGUGGAUCAGCAUUGGGUAGAUGACGAAUCAGAUGCUGAAAGUUCCAAAAGUGUUUCAAAACAAAAUGUUACAGUUUCAAUCGACACUGAAACCUAUCAAUCUACAGAUCGCUCAACAUAAUGCUGUUUUUAAAGGUAUUUAACAUUGGAAUUGGAUGCUGCUCCCAUCUUUCAAAGAAAAAGCUCUUACAUUGAAAUCAGAAAGCAAUGAAUGAAAAAUGAAGCCUUAAACUAAUAAUUUUAUACAUAGGGCAAUGAACAUUCUAUAGGUGACGUGGAUGCCAUCUGUAGGUUACAGUCAUCAGUCUUCUACGUGUAUAUCAACUGAUUGUACAACUGUUAAUAUAUUCUGUACACUGAACGUUAAGCCUCAUAGUAAGCAGUCUAGAAAUCUGGUUUGAAAUUUACAAUAUUAUGGUUGUAUUUUUGGUUCUGAUUGUUUGAUUUGAUAAUUAAGUGUGAGUAGCCAGUCAGGUUGUAGCCAGACUGGAUUUUAACAUUUGCUUACAGUUGGGUUAUGGUGCUGCAGGAUAUAAAAGGCACUGAAGGGAACUAUUAUGCUAUUAAAGUGUUUAAAUAGGCAAUAUAUUAUCAGAUAUAUGGGAUGCAAGGGACUAAACUGCAUAAUAAUUGUAGGCAGCUUAUAUACAGCAUCUAAAGAUUUAUUAUUGAAGGUAACAUAUUGGCUUUAAUAACUGCAAAUUAACAUGAAAUCACCCUUUGAUCAGAUCUAUACCAAGCAAAAAAAAAUAAUCAUAUGAAGACAAAAUAUAUUCUUCUCUGAUAAUUUAUGCAAAAAAUAUUGACCUACUUUCUGCACUAAUGUUUCACAGAUGUCCCUGUAUGUAUGUUCUGUUUAAUAACCAGAACUGCUGGGCACCAAAGAGCAGUUACUGUUUACGAAGCAGAUUGUUUAUUUAUUAUUAGCUCAAUUGAACAACAGUUUACAAAUGCUAUCAGGUUUCAAUUUUUUUUCAUUUUUAAAAGAAAAUGGUUAGGAUUGCUAGUUCUGUAAUAUUUUUUAAAUCACAAAACUUUAUUUGAUGUAAUAUUGAAAGUCAUUUACAUUGUAAAUGGUCUGUGGUAAUCGUGCAUCAGUGGAGAAAUUAAUUGGAAUGGAUUUGGGGAAGGGGGUAAAUGUGCAUUUAGAUUAAUUUUAUAUGUACCAACCCCAAGUUUUCAUGUUGAUUUAGCCACUGAUAGUGGGAUAUAUAAAUACUAUGUAACUUUUUUUUAAAUUGCAAAAGUUGCAAGUGAAGUGUAGCCAAAAUGUAUCCAUUCCAAUUGAUCAUAAUAAGUAAGGAGGAAAGUGAGACUGAUUCAGAACAAAAAUGUGAAGCUCUGAAGUGUUUUCCUUACUGCUUCAGGCAUCACCGCUUUUUACAGUUGCCUGAUGUGCCAUUUGAGCAUCGAAAAUCAUCUCUGGGAUUUGAUUGAGGAGGGUGGGGGGAUAAGUGUUGAAUCCAUGGAGAGACAUCUGAUAAAGCCAGGCUUGCCCACAAUAUUCCCAGGGCAAACAUGAAGGUUUGGGCCUUCAGGACAAAGCACUAACAGGUAGGGUAUUCCCAGCUUGACAAGUACUGUGUAGUGCAAGAUUACCAAUGAAUUCCAAUUAAAACUGAACUAGAAUGGAAAAAUUCAAUUCAAAUCUGAUUGUGCAGUUUAUCUAUUGUGUACAUGCUAUUAUUAUAUGUGAUCUGAUUUCAGUAUGAGAAAGUGUAUUUUGCAGCUGGAGUUCAGCUGUUCUCACUAUUUCAGUGUUGGAUUCCACAUGAAACAUAUUUCAUUGGACCUCAUCCAUCCAUCAGACAAACGUUUUGUUAAAACAAAAGGGCAUCAAAUAUUUCCAUAGCAAAAUCUGAUUGCAGUAAUGCCUACCAUUGUAUUUGAUAUUGACCAGAUAAAUUGUAUGCAAUCAUGAAAUUUGUGGAAGUGUUGAAACUGGCAAUUAAAUUUACCCCUUAGAAAUAAGCCAAGCAACAUUAAACUUCUGAGACUAUCCAUGAGUGUUACAUUGAUAUUGUUUACAACCAGAUUACUACGGUAUAAAGUAGCGUUUGUGUAAAUGUAGCUUAAAGUUGUAAAUUGACCCCCCAAAAAAGGUAUAUACUGUACUCUUUUUCCAUCAAUGUGUUGCAGCUUUUCUACCUUUUGUGCAUUCAAACAAGUAAAUCUUGUUGGUAAAAUUUGUCCUGAGGACAACCUUGUUUCAGUAUCAUUUUCUUUCUAUUAACAAUCAAAGCCAAUGAGGCCAAAUUUAGUACUAAUAAAGAAGAUCGCAGAGGAAUGGUAUUUUACUUAGCAUGUUAAGCUAUCGUUUAAAAUUUACUUUUUACUUUUCCUCGAAAGGAUAGCUAAGCUAAAUGUUUCAUAAUGAGAACAUGCAUGUCUUGCACUUUUUUUCUUUUCUGUACUUAGCACUUCAAUUUAUGUUGAAUAGUUUUUUAUUUCUUACUGUAUUCAACGAAUUUUGUCUAUAAUGCAAGAAAUGACUAAAAUAAAAGCAAAAAUGAUUUUAA